GGGGAGAGGGAGGCGGGCACAGGGGAGUCCACAAACUUUGUCACACAGCCUCGGGACCCUCAGUGACAUUCCUGUCUGCGCCGCUGGCAGGCUCGCCUCGCCGGCCCCGGGGGAGCGGACGCUGCGGAGUCACCCACCGCGCCGCUCGCAGGGAGACCCCGAGCUGCCUCCGCGGCCUCGCGCGCACCGGAGAGCGGAGACGUGUCCGCCGACAUGGGCAGCGUCUGGAUGGAGCCGCUCAGCCUGCCCGGCCUGGCCCUCGCCUCGGGCCUGCUGCUCCUGUCCCUGCUGUGCCUGCUCGUCCGGCGCACCAGGAGACCUGGUGAGCCUCCAUUGAUAAAAGGUUGGCUUCCUUACCUUGGAGUGGCCCUACAAUUCCAGAAAAACCCCUUAAAUUACUUAAAAGCCCUUCAAAAGCAACAUGGUGAUAUUUUCACUGUUUUCCUUGGGGGGAGAUACAUAACAUUUAUCCUGGACCCUUUCCAGUACCAAUUAUUGAUCAAAAAUCACAACAAAUUAAGCUUUAAAGUAUUUUGUCAUAAAUUUUUUAAAGCAUUUUCUCUCACAAAGUUAUUAGAACACGGUGAACUGAAUGAUGAUAUUCAUACCUGCUAUCAAUUUUUACAAGGCAAAUCUUUGGACAUACUCUUGGAAGACUUAACGAAGAAUCUAAAACAAGUGUUUGAACCCCACCUGUUAAGAGCCACAAAUUGGAACGUGGCACAACUAUGUACAUUCUGCUCUUCGAUAUUAUUUGAGGUCACAUUUACAACCAUCUAUGGCCACCUUCCUGCUGACAACAGGAAAGAACUUAUUAAUGAGCUAAGAGAUGAUUUUUUUAAAUUUGAUGGCAAGUUCUAUUAUUUAUUAUCCGACAUACCCCUGGACCUUCUAGGAAAUGUCAGGUCUCUUCGGAAGAAACUCAUACAAUGUUUAUCAUCAGAAAAGUUAGCUAAGAUGCAAGGACAGUCAGAAGUUUUUCAAAAGAGGCAAAAUACCCUGGAGAAAUACUACGCGCGCGAGGACUUUGAAAUAGGAGCACAUCAUUUAGCCUUUCUCUGGGCCUCUGUGACAAACAGUAUUCCAACUAUGAUGUGGGCAACGUAUUAUCUUAUGCGGCACCCAGAAGCUAUGUCAGCAGUGCGUGACGAAAUUGACCAUUUGCUACAGUCAACAGGUCAAAAGAAAGGGUCUGGAUUUUCCAUCCACCUCACCAGAGAACAAUUGGACAGCAUGAUCUGCCUAGAAAGCACCGUUCUUGAGGUUUUGCGACUGUGCUCCUUGUCAGGCACCAUUCGUUUUGUCCAGGAGGAUCUGACACUGGAUUCGGAGCUCAAGGACAGCUGUCUGCGAAAGGGAGACUUUGUAGCCAUCUUUCCUGCCUUCUUACACAAUGACCCUGAAAUCUUUGAGGCACCCCAGGAAUUUAGAUAUGAUCGUUUCAUCGAAGAUGGUAAGAAGAAAACCACUUUUUAUAAAAGAGGGAAAAAGCUAAAGUCUUACCUGAUGCCAUUUGGAACUGGAACCACCAAAUGUCCAGGCCGAUUUUUCGCAGUUUUGGAAAUAAAGAUAGUGUUGAUUGUACUUUUAACUUACUUUGAUUUAGAAUUAAUUGAUGAUAAGCCUGUGAAACCAAACUACAACCGCUUGUUAUUUGGAAUUGAGUAUCCAGAUUCUGAGGUUUUAUUUAGGUACAGGGCAAAAUCUUAGAGAAGCCAAAACAAAAGAAAAGAAGUCUGUCAAAAUUAACCCAAAUGUCCAAGAACAUCUGUUUGUUUUGAAUUUCUGCAAAUGUAAUUGCUUUGUUUAUUUGUUUAAAAUGUGCCAAUUUCUAUUUGAUCUGAGGUCAGUUCAGUUUUUACUUGGUCACAAAGCUUAUCAUAAAAUAAACCAGGAUGGUGGCAUGAAAAUGGAUAUCAAAAUAAACUUAUGAUAAACUCAAAAUAGUUAUUUUUACUUUCUGUUUACUGUGAUUUUCACCUGUUAUAAUAAAUGUACCUUCCAUCAAUGGAUUUGGCACUGCGAUUUUUUCAGAAGUCACUGAAGAUUCUUCUGUAAUAUGUAAAAUUGCAAUUUGUGUACUACUGGAAAAUUGUGCUAGAAAUGGGCACAGUCUAACAAGUUCCAAAUUCUCAGAGAAGGAAAUUAAAUUUCCAUGAGCUACAUUGGAUGAAAAUGUUCCUUUCAAGUAUAAUAUCAAUAAUAUCUAUGUUGCCAGGGUAUGUUUACAUUAAAUGAGUUUUGCAGUAGA